AAGGCUAUUCUUUACACCAUACGCGUGUUUGUUAUACUAUCUAUUUGCAGAAAUGUGAACUGUCGUUUCAAACCCUGGUAUAUGAAAAGAAAGAGGCGACGCAAGACAUUUUUCGAAUCUCUUCAGAAUCACUUCUUGUCUGGUGACGUUUGACGUCAGGGGUUUCCGCGUAUAUCAUUGAUGACUGAGGUAGUUUUAUGGGCUAGCCUAAAUAUUUCGAGAUUGCGUUUUCAUGUUGUGUCGUGGCUUUAUUGUGUGGAUUAAAGUGCAAAAUUGACUUGCUAAUCAUGGAAACUAGUACAAUAUUAGACGAAAAAUCAGUAGUUGGUCAGGUACCAAUGACUGUCCUAUAUGAAAAUUCCAUGCGUGAAGAACCUUCCCCAGAAUACCUACAAGAAAAAGAAAUGUGUUGUAGAUAUUUUGAAAAGUGGAAUGAAAAUAGUCAAGUGGAAUUUGUUGAACUAUUACUCUCAAAAAUGUCACAUUAUCAACACAGUCAUGUUAGCUGUUAUCUUCGGCCUAUGUUGAAGAGGGACUUUAUCACGCUAUUACCAAAAAAAGGACUGGACCAUGUAGCUGAAACUGUUUUAUCUUACUUGGAUGCCGAGUCUCUCUGUUCAGCUGAACUAGUCUGCAAAGAGUGGUCCAGGGUGAUUUCUGAAGGAAUGCUAUGGAAAAAACUGAUAGAAAGGAAAGUUCGAACAGAUCCACUAUGGAAAGGGCUUGCAGAAAGAAGGGGAUGGAUCAAGUACCUAUUUAAACCCCCACCAGGAGAGCAACACCCAGAUCACAUGUUCUAUAGGAGAUUGUAUCCAAGAUUUAUUCAAGAUAUUGAGAGCAUUGAAAACAACUGGCGAUGUGGUCGACACAACUUGCAAAGGAUCAAUUGUCGUAGUGAAAAUAGCAAAGGAGUGUACUGCUUACAGUAUGAUGACCAGAAGAUUGUUAGUGGACUACGAGAUAAUACAAUCAAAAUCUGGGAUCGAACCUCCCUCCACUGUCUAAAAGUUCUGACAGGCCAUACAGGAUCAGUCUUAUGUCUUCAAUAUGACGAUAAAGUUAUAAUUAGUGGGUCAAGUGAUGCCACUGUCAGGGUUUGGGACUUGAAAACAGCCGAGAUGGUUAAUACAUUAAUCCACCAUUGUGAAGCUGUUCUACAUUUAAGGUUCAACAAUGGUAUGAUGGUUACCUGUUCCAAGGAUCGUUCCAUUGCCGUUUGGGACAUGGUUUCUCCUACAGAAAUCAACCUCAGAAGGGUAUUAGUCGGACAUCGAGCAGCUGUAAAUGUUGUAGAUUUUGAUGAAAAAUACAUCGUAUCUGCUUCAGGGGACCGAACUAUUAAAGUCUGGAAUACAUCCUCUUGUGAAUUUGUUCGAACUUUGAAUGGUCACAAACGAGGUAUUGCUUGUCUUCAGUACAGAGAUCGUCUGGUUGUCAGUGGCAGUUCGGAUAACACCAUUAGACUUUGGGACAUUGAAUGUGGAGCUUGUUUGCGAAUCCUAGAGGGUCAUGAAGAAUUGGUGCGAUGUAUUCGGUUUGACAAUAGAAGAAUUGUUAGUGGUGCUUAUGACGGAAAGAUCAAAGUUUGGGAUUUGGCAGCUGCCCUUGAUCCAAGAUCACCAGCAGGAACUCUCUGCCUUAGAACGUUAGUGGAACACACAGGUCGUGUCUUCAGACUUCAGUUUGACGAGUUUCAAAUUGUUAGUAGUUCUCAUGAUGACACAAUCCUUAUCUGGGAUUUUUUAAAUGCUAAACUUCCAGAAACUCCCUCGCUGAAAUCGCCAUCCCGCACCUACACGUACGUAUCAAACUGACAAGCUGGCUCGUCACCUAGCUGUAAAACAAUCUCAGACAACUCUAUUCCAUUUGUUCUUGUGUGUGCAGCGUUAAAUUUUUUUUUUUUCUUUUAGUUGACACCACCGCUGAGCACUUAGGAAUGUUGCGAUGUCACCUUAUUCAACACUUCCUGCAUCAUCAUAGAAAUUUUGCUGUGAAAGGACAGGCCAGCAACGUAUUUAAUUAGAUGUCUAGGGUAUUAUAUGCUGGUCAGUGUAUAUGAACUUAUGGCUGAGAGUGUGACUUGCCAAAUGCUGAAUAUAGGUCUAAAACAUUAACACAAUGAUUGGUCAGUCUUAUUAUCUUGUGCUGUAGCUGAACUGUGUGGCUAAAGUAAUAACUUUUAGCACAGUAUGAAGACAGUAAUGAAGAUUAGUAAACUGGUACAAAUGCAAGACUCUCAGUGGACUUCAGCAUCCUUCUGUCUUGAUUAUAGUCAAUAAAUGACUGAGUUAGAAAUGAAAAAAAACCAGUAAGACUUGCAUAAUCAAUGCAAUAUAACUUGAUUUGGAAAUGGCUAGGAAUAAACUAAAAUGUGAGUUUUUGAAGAUGUAUUAAUUUUUAAAUUUCUGGAUAUGAAAGGUAAAAUAUGUCUGCUUUGAAUGUCAACAGAAAAGUAGAAUUUGUUAUUAUAUUAAAAACAAAAAGGGUUCCUUAAGGUUAUAAACUAAAACUCCAGAUACUAAGGCUAAGCAGAAUAAUUUAUUGAAUGGUUUAUAAGAAAUAAUAGUGUGUUCAUGAUAAGACCAUGAGGCUUCUCGAGAAAAUAUGACACUUAAAUUUACAAACUUUCUGGUAUAAGAAAAGAAUUGGUUAACUUUUAUUAAAUACAAAUGUCAUUCACAAGCUUGAUGUUUAUUCAGAGAAACAUGCUCAUUUCUAUAAGCUUCAUUUAAAAAUUUAAAUUAUAAGUGUGGUAUAUAAAUAUCUAGCUGUGUGAACUAAAUUAAGCAUUAUAACUCCCAGUUUUGUAAUUGAAGUAUGAAACUACCAUUUUUGCCUUUCUGGAGUUAGCUUGCAUUAUUUUUUGUGAUCAUUUUACAUAUUCCAGAAGUAUGAUUUAAAAAAAAUAAAUAAAAAAUGAAACUGGAAAAAAAAAAACACCACCAACAACAACUUUGCUGUUAUUGUUAAGAGCAAGUUUGAUUUUCUUGUUUAAUAUUCACUGAAUGAGUGUUUAAGAGAUUCUUAUUAGUAGUAUUAUUUUUAUUCCUAUUAUUUAAAACUCUUGACUCUGUGCGUGGCUGUUUUAUAUUGCUUGAUGUUUUCUCUCGACUCCUGUGGUUAUUGUAACUCGAAUAAUAGGUUUAAGUUUCUCCUGUUUCGUAAUAACUGUCAGCAUUAAUGCUGGAUGUAUUGUGUUUAAGUAUAAACCUUUUUGUUUUAUAGAUGUCUUUUGUGUGUCCUAUCCUGAAUGACAAAACUAAAAAUAAUAAAUUUUAGUCUACAUUAGUGUUUAGAUUAUAUAGAUGAAAGUGAAAUAGGAAAAAAAAAACGAUUUUAGUAAGGAAUUUUAAGUAUUUGUUAGGAGUUUUAAUGUAUACUUUCAAAAGCAUUUCAAAUUUUUUAUAAGAAUUUGUAGAAGCAGUCCCAAUCAGCAGAUGUGUAUGGUGUAGCAAAAUACGUGUCAUUAUUUUAUCCAAUGUGAUAAUGCUCCUGCUUAAAGAGAAAUCAAAACAUAUGGUUUUAAGUUCUGUUAAUACUACCAUAUCAUAAAGGUUUUUUUUUUUUACAACAAAAUCUAACAUUAGUCAAUUUACCUGUAUUAUCCACAUUAUUGUAACUCGGUUCAACUUUCUUGCUUCUAUCACUGUAAAUGCUGGUUUUGACAGUUACCAAUACUGAAACGAUUGUGAACUGAAAAAAGAUUGUGAAAUAUAAAAGCCUAGUAUUUGAUUUGACUUCUGAACUCUUCUUGAAAUGUUACGAGAUGAUAAUGUUUUUGGGCUAUAUAAAAUGUUACUGUUACAAAAAUGAGUUUAGUUAGCAUUAGACAUCUUUAUGAUGAACCAAGAUGUAUACUUCCAUAUUGAAAACUUCCAUUUGCGAAGCAGGAGUAGUUUUCUAGUUUUAACUCUUUAAAUAUUUUGUCAUGUGCAUAUAAAAAAGAACAAACUUGUUAAACCAACCACUAAUCAGUUUUUUGUGGCAAAUGAUUUUUCACAUCCAGAGAUAAAACUUAUAAAUUUGAAAAUGAGUCGAUUGACUUUCACUCGAGCCGUUAAGCUUUUAAAUUUUGGUCAAACUAUUAAUUCUUACAUAUGAAAAUACUUUAAUUCUACUAGACACUUCUCUAGGUGUUAACAUCAGAAAUGUUGAAGAAGGUUAAAAAAUGCACAGAAAUAUGCUUUUUUCCAUCCUCAAAAAAACUUGUUUUGUUCUGUGUUGUUUUUUUACCUUAAGCCUUAAUCUGACAAGAGGAUUAUAUUUCUUUGAUUAGAAUUGAUUCACUUGUUUUAGUUGUGGUUCUAUGGCUUAAAGAUAACACAAGUAAAAAUGUUUCUUUAGGAUGAAGAAGAGUGUAUUCUUUAUAUGGUUAUAAUCAUUUUCUACAAGAAGGAUCAUUAGAUCUUACAAUAACUUUUUUAUCUAAAGAGAAGAGAAUUUUUUACUAUCAUCAAUAGCAUGGAAUAAAAAAAUAUGAUGAUGAUAAUAAGUUUAGUAAUAGGUAAAAUAUUAAAAUUAUACAUCUUUGAAUACGUUAUUUAUCUUGUGAUAUUUUUCAUUAAGAAGUGGGAAGAAUGAUUUUUUGAAACUAUAUAAAACAGCCAGUACUUGUGGUUAAUGUUUCUAUAACGUACAGUACCAAAGUUUUUAGAUGGAGCAGAUGUUUGUUGUCGAUAUCUUUCCAGGAAAGUCGUAUACUAAUAAUUUAAAGAAUGUAAUUAAACCAUGGAUAUUUUGAAUGAAUAAAUAUCCUAGGGGGGUAUAGAUUUAGGUUAGAAAAAUGUACUAAAAAUAUUCAAACUAAGACAUUCAAUCAUACAUACAUACACACACAAGACAGUAUUCCAGUACAUUAAGUUCCAGAUAUUUCAUGUUUUCAAUCUUACGUUCAAUUUCAGAUAUUGUUAUUUUUGUUAUUAUUUAUAAGUUUUUAUCUAAUCAAAGGUUUGCAGUAAUUAGAACCUGAUCCUGGUGAACUUAAAGAUUGUUUACUGAUCUAGAUGGACAGAGCUUACAGGCUACUAAGACACUUCUAAGUUUUUUUCUGGUGUAGUCUAAGUAAUCCAAAUGAUCUCCCAUUUUGUGCAAAUGCUCAGUGAACUUUUGUAUUAAAUAAAUAGAAAUAUGGAAGUUUUUUUAUCACUGUUAAUAUUCAUUUGUAAGUGUGGCUUAUAGGCUGUUCAAAUAUUCAUCACCCCUAAUGUGCAUCUCUUUUUCAGAGUAUUUAUCUUACAAUUUUUUUUUUAUUAUAUGUUUUGGUAUACUUAUCCUCCAUAGAUUAUAAAAGCUUUAUUUAAUCAGAAAAAUCAAGAAACUGCAGUAAAUAGUGUACUUCUUUGUUAAAAAGUGAGUUAUUUGACAUAUUCAAUAGAAAUACAAAUUUUUGUAUCUUUAAGGGUCUCACUGAUACAGAUGAAAUGUAAUUUUUUUUUAAAUAUAGGUUUGUGUAAUACGUACAAAUCUUCUUACCCGUUCUUUAGUCUUAACUUGCAUUAAUCAAUCAGUUUGUUUGGCUUUUUUUUUUAUUUUGCAUUUAGUGGGUCAGUGUUUUUUGUUUUUUAGUGAUUUAGCAGAAUAAUAAUUGCAUGUAAUGAUUAAACAUUGUAGAUAUAUAUAUAUAUAUAUAUAUUCUUAAAUUUAAAGAUUGACUGAGCAAUAAAGUGUGAAAUGAAUACCAGAUAUUACAAUACCAGGUUCAAUUACAAAAUCCUAACUAGGUUGAAUUAAUGUUUCCAAAAUUAAUGUUACAAGUUUAUAAACAAAUAUUUAACGUUUGUGGCUGUCUAAAGUUAGUAAAGUACUGUUCCGAGUAUUAGGAUGGAAUUCUGUGGACGAUGAAAUGCAAUUUCGGAUUUUAAAACAACUAGUUUGUUGGCAAAAUGGUCAAUUUUAUGGUCGGAGAAUAUUGUUAUGGUUAGAGGAUCUUAAAGCAAAUUGAACUUAUUCAGUCUGAAACACGUUUUGUUUUGUGAUUAGGGAAUGCUGAAAUUUCAACAGUUUAUUAGCAUUAAUCUACUCUUUCCUAGGUAAAGGAAGCUUAAGGACAUCUUACGUUUUUGAAACAACUGAAUUUGAAAAUAAAAUUAAAUCAAUAAUAACCCUAAGAUACUGUAUGAAAUUAAAAUGAUUACUUAUUCUAAACUGCUUUGUGCAAUUAAUUUUUGUAAUACUGUAUUUUCCUGGAAUGACGAAUUUGUGUUUCUAAAUUAUAAAAACAAAAACAUCUUUCAUGCCUUUCUAAUACUUCAGAUGGACAUCUCUAAGUAAGGAUUAUUAAAGUUUUUUUUAUUAAUUUCAAACACUUUUUAUCGUGAUGAAAAAACUGAUAAAGUGAGGUUGCAAUACCUGAAAGAAUCUUAUUAAUGUUAGUUGUUUUGCAACGACUUUCGUGUUCUACAUCUCUUGCCUAGAAAUAUUUUAAAUAUAAGACUUGGUUCAUCAUUCUUGUAUGUUAAAAUAUUUAGUGCAAGAUACCUCAGAUCACUUGCUUUUAAUGUUCAAAACGAGGUUGAAACUGACAUGGCAAAAUUAAUAUGAUAACUAGUUUAAUGAUAGGGUGGCAUUUUGGAUCAUUACUGUCAUGCAAGUCAACUCAAACUAUUCUCCAGCAAGAUUGAGUAAUCUAAGACUUUUAACUUGCCUCAAAAAACAACAGCAAAUGUAUGUUUAAUCAGGAUGUUAUGUUUUAACAUAAGUGUUUAUUUUUAAACAGCAAAAUGGGGAUGAAAUAUAAACUGUGUUGGUGAGAAAUGACAAAGGAUGAAAAGUUGUUGUUAGCAGAGUAAAUUAUGGGCUACAUUUGUCCAAUAAAAAAAAUGAUGAGUGGGUGGGGUGUAGGAGUAAUAUUAUUUAAAUAUACAUGUAGCUUUGUAAAUGUUGGCACGAAGUUCAUAUUGGCAUGAAAUGCAGUUUGAAAAUGGAAUUAUCAACAACAACAUAUUCCUGCUUGUUUUUUUUUUUUCUUAUUCAUAUAUAUGUGUUGUGUUUGUAUUUGGUUGAAUUCUGCCUCUUUGUCAAUGUUUUCUUUUGUCCCUGCAGUUUUAGUACGAAAAAUUCUGCAUUCCAACUUCAAUUUUUACAUCGGGAGUUUACAGUGGGUUAAGAAAGCACUUGGACAAGAUGUUGGUGGCAUUUUUAUUUAGUUUACUUUUUCAUGUUAUUUUAAAAAAAUAUUGUCAUGUUUUCAUAUGCUCAUUCUUGCUUGUGUGUAAAUUACCCAGGGCAAGCACAAUAUGAAAUGUAUGAAUGUACUUGUAAAAUAGAACAUAAUAUAUAUAUAUGUA